AUGAAUGACACUUUGUGUCCUUUUGAUGGUGCCAACUUAACAUGUGCAAUUUAUAAAAAUCAUUUAAAUUGUACCUCGGAAAUUUUAGGUACCAUCCUCAAUGAUAUCAUCCAAGAUUACAAUGACGAGUUCUACAGAGAGAGAGAUAUAGUAGGGUCUCCGGAUGAGGAAUUGUCAGCGAAUAUAUCUUGA